UCUCGGACGGUGGCUUCAAUGCUUCAGAGACAACACACGUAGCGUACAGGGGGGACAUGACUCUGACCAGAGGAUCUUUCACCUAUGCCAGUGGGGAAGAGUACCACGGCGAGUGGAAAGAAGGUCGGAGGCAUGGAGUUGGCCAGCUCAAGUUUCAGGAUGGAACCUGCUUCUCUGGCCAGUUUGAGAAUGGACUCUUCCAUGGCUCUGGUGUACUGCUCUUUACAGAUGGAUCCAGGUACGAAGGAGAAUUUGCACAUGGAAAGUUUCAAGGUGCGGGAGUAUUCAGUCGAUGCGAUGGUAUGAAGUUUGAAGGAGAAUUCAAAGACGGACGUGUGGAGGGAUAUGGGCUAUUGACUUUCCCAGAUGGAGCUCAUGGUGUCCCACGAAACGAGGGCUUGUUUCAAAACCACAAGCUGCAGAAAAGAGAGAAGUGUCCAGGAGUGGUGCAGCGUGCGCAGGCUUCAGCCUCCAAUGCUCGCAUUCUGGCACUUUGACUGUCAUGGACCCUGGAGGAGACACGGUCAGGGUUCCAGUGCCAUCCAGGAGGGCCUCAAGGAUGUGUACUCGUAUACUCCCCUCCAUCUCUUCUCUCUUUUUUCACCAUCACUUUCUUUUUUUCUUUUUCUGCGUCUUCCUUGCUUAGCCUUCACAGUGGCUUGGAACGCACAUGCAAUUUGACCAAACAAUGGCUUUCUUUCAUGAAGUACACCUUUAACUUCACAAGUCAUGUAAACUCCAAAUGCUGCUGUGUUUCCCUUGCUCUAAUUCUUGUACUCAUAAACAGUGUCUUAGCAUUUUACUCUAGAAUAGUUAGCUUUCCUAUAUCAAACAAUAGAAUAUGGGAGACCUCUUCUUACCAUGUUAUUGCACAUCUGGUACUUUAAAGAUGGUUUUUUUGUCCUCCUGCAUUAGGAGUAGGUUCAAAGUAAGUCUGUAUGUUGAAGACUUUAGCCACUAAUGAGAUCAAUUCAUCUUUAAAAUAAUGCUGCAAUCCGUUACAACAGAGCGAUACUUAAAGGUCCCCUGUGGGGGGUUUUGACCUCUGGUACUGCAAGCUAGCAAACAUGAACAAUGCACAAUUUAAAAAAUAUUCAAAAUAAUUGGCUUUACAACUGUUUAUUGAGGAAGGAAAGGCAUAACACAUGUUUUUCAGUCUUCAAAGAUACACAUUGUGCAUUUUUGUGAAAAACAGUGAAUGUGAACGUAACUUAUGUUUGUUUACGAAAACACUCCACACGCACCUUUAAAUCUCUUCUCUAUUAACAGUGCUGCUGCAGACUUUAUCUUUGCAUGUAUUUUGUCACUGGUGUGUCUCCUUUUAGAAGAUCAGUAUUCACGUUUGCCUUAAAGACAUUUUGGUACGAGAGUGUAGUUCCAGGGUGUCCAUCUGAGAGGACACAGUUCCCCCUCCUUCCCUUCUACUCUGCAUCAUUUACCCUAAGGUGGUCAUCCUAAUGAAUUUGAGGCCUGUUUGAAGAUUGCCUCCACUCUUAGGGACACGUUGUUAAGCUGGUGCUGAGUCUCUGCUACCAUCACUCACAAGUCCAGCAGCUCUCCUCUCUCCAAUAAACCUCAUCUCCCAGUGGAAAUCAUGGGAGAAGAGAUUUAAAUCUGCUGGUUAAUUCUCUCAUGUUUUCCCCUGUAUGACCUGAAAGACUGGACAUCCUCAAAGUUGUUAAAUAAUCUUAAUUAAAUGCAUUGAAUUAGAGGCAUAGAUCUUAAUUAAGGCAGCUGAAUGAAAUAAUUUAUAAACCAGAUGUAUAUAUAAAGAAUAUGUAAUUAUGUAUGUGUUUUUCUGUAAUGUGUAUACAUAUUCAUUGUCAUUGAUUGUGUUUGUCUGACCUUUCAAAUGAAUUAAGAAGAAUUUUCUGAUUGGUCAGGUAGAAAAUAGUGUUACGGAGUUAUCUAAGACAGUGUGGUUGAGUAUUUCGAGAAAUGUAUGAACCGUUAUAGCCAAUCACAGCUCUUGUGUGAUAACAGAUUAAUUCAGUGUACUUGAACAGUUAAUACGCCUUCACAACGCAUUUGUAGACGUGGCUUGCUGCCUACAUAGAAAUUCAACCAAAGACAAUCAAAUGAUAUUACAGGUAACGAAGCCUGGAACAGCCAACAGGAGUUACAUGUGUUAUUUCUUACAGCUGGACAAUAAAGACAAAUCAAUAAGGACAAAUCCACCUGGGGUUUUAGUGCGCAAGAAAAACAAAAGGACCGACGAUUAAACCGGGAAUUGAUAUGAGAUUCUGUCUCUAGCCUGGAUUAUUGCAGUUACUGAUUCUCAUUGUUGUUAUAUUCUGUGGAGAAAAAAAAAUCAAUACUCAAUAUGAACAUGAACCCAUACUGCUGCUUGUUAUGAAUUCCCCCUUUGGUAUGGCAGUGUGCUGCAAGUACAAUCAGAAAGAUUAACAUUAGACACAGAAAACAGACCAUUGCAUGCAUCAGUACCACACAAUGAUACUUUAAUGUUUGCUGUAUGUGCAGAGUGUGUAAUAUCCUGUAUUUCAGAUCAUGUAAUGGUAUUUUUCCUUUCUGCUUUUUCGGAGACGGCGCCUGCUCAAGCCUUCUUUGCCUACACAUGUCUGCCUGAGUGGAACUGAAUUCACAACAAUUCCACGUCUAUUUCCUACUGGAAACAAAUGGUGCUUUAAAAGCGUGCCUGUCCAGACUUUCACCUGCCUGGAAAAUAUCAUUGCUGUGGUUACAUUUUUUCAGUAACAAUGUAAUGUUGCUUUGAGUGCUCUUAGAUAAAACUACUGUACAGUAUCCUCUCAUUCUCCUGGAGUAGGUCUGGAUAUGUAUCGGAUAGGCGGUAAUGUGUUUAAUAAAGCCUUGUGUUAAAAAAAGAAA